AUGAAGUACUUCAGCCUUGCUUCUGUCGCCCUUCUCGGCGCUGCCACUGUCUCCGCUGGCCCUCUCGGUAUCCGUGACGACAUUGGCCAAUGCCCCAAGGGCUAUACCAUGAGCGUCAUCUACAAGACUAUCUACCCCGAAUCGACCGCAUCCGCUACUGUCGAGUCAACUGUCGCCCUGUCGUCUACUGCUGCUCUCGUUCAGUCCGUGAACCCCGUCGCUGCGGUUGAGGUCUCUUCUUCGCCUACUACCUCUUCGGCUCCUGUUGUUGAGACCACUACCGCUGGGCCGACUGUCGUCGAGCCUACUGUCGCUGAAACUACCACCGCCCAGACUCCCCCUGUCGAGUCUGCUGCAGUUAUUGGCCUCAUCUCUCCUUCAACUAUUGAGACCACCACCGCUGCUGAGACCACUGCCGCCCCGGUUGUUGCGGAGGUUCCAACCUCCACCGUUGAGGCUACCACCGCUGCCGAGACUACUGCUGCCGCCAAGACUACUGAAGCUGCAGUCAUUGCGCAAAUUCCCACCACCUCGGCCGAAGCUGUUGCCGCCGAGACUACUGAGGCGAUUGCCACCACCGUUCAAGCCGCUGUCAAGGCUGCAAGCACCUCCACUUCCACUACUUCUUCUUCUUCUUCUAGCUCCCAGGAAAACUCCGGCUCAGCCACCUUCUACGGCGGCAAUGUGUCCGGCGGAACUUGCUCGUUCUCCAGCUACACUCUGCCAAGCACUCUCUUCGGCACAGCCCUUUCCGCUGAUCGAUGGGACGACGCCGCCAACUGCGGUUCUUGUGUUUCAGUCACCGGACCCAACGGUAAAACCAUCAAGGCUAUGGUAGGUCUAAACCCAGAACAUGGCUCUCUAAUACCCCAAAGCCCAAAUCCUAACAAAGCGUUUCUUGAACAGGUCGUCGACCAAUGCCCCGAAUGUGAAAGCAACCACCUGGACCUCUUCCAGUCCGCCUUCGCCGAACUCUCCGACAUCUCCGCCGGCGUGAUCGACAUCGACUGGUCCUACGUCUCCUGUGACCUCGACGGCCCCGUCAAGCUCAAGAACAAGGAAGGCACAUCCGCCUACUGGUUCUCCAUGCAGGUUAUCAAUGCCAACGAGGCUGUCACCAAGCUUGAAGUCAGUACCGAUGGCGGUAGCUCGUGGCAAAGCACCACCCGUACUUACUACAACUACUUCGAGAACUCCUCCGGAUUCGGCCAGGACACUGUUGAUAUCCGUGUUACCGGAUCUAGCGGUAAGACUGUUGUUGUGAAGGAUGUUGGCUGUUCUUCUGGCUCUGAAGUUACUGCUUCGUCGAACCUUUCUUAA